AUGACUUGUAUGAAUAAUGAUGCUAUACCAAUUCAAGGCUUAGUUGCUAUGCAACAAUCGCCUAUUAAUGUCGAAGAAAACUUAGAUCCAAAUCAACAUAUACAUGGAGCAACCGUGGAUCGCAAGAAUACCGUGAAGCAGAUAACAAAACCAAUAUCGCCAUGGAAUGUAAAAUAUUGUUACUGGACAACAUCAGGUUCAAUCGUUGGUGCCAUUGUAUUUUUUAUAUUCACAUGUAUUGUAAUGACAACUGGCAUCUUAAUCGUUUGUUUUACUGCACCAAAACCACAGGCACCAAAAUGUGACUUCAAUAUUUUACGAACAGCCACAAAUCCAAUUGAGUAUAACUAUAGUCCACGAUCUGUUGCUGUUGGUGAUCUCAACAAUGACACCUGGAUAGAUAUGGUAGUUGCCAAUUCGAUUGUUAACACUAUCGGUAUAUAUUUUGGAUAUGAAAAUGGUACUUUUAUCAAACAGAUCGAAUAUUCAACUGGUUUAGGUUCCAGUCCUUAUAUGGUUUCCGUUGGUAAUCUUAACAAUGAUUCUCAAUUAGAUAUUGCAGUUGCAAACUUUGGCAGUAAUACCAUUCGUAUAUUUCUUGGGUAUGGAAAUGGAUCUUUUACAAGUCAACUAGAUCUGUCAACCAGUACAUCGCGUCCAAUAUUAAUUAGUUUAGUUGAUCUCAAUAAUGAUACAAUACUUGAUAUUGUCACUGUCAAUUUUGGAACCAGUAGUAUAAGCAUAUUCUAUGGUUAUGGAAAUGGAAUGUUUUCGAAUCCAACAAUGUAUUCAACAGGUUAUGACUCACUUCCAUAUGCAUUAGCUGUUGGUGAUUUUAAUAAUGAUAAUUAUAUGGAUAUUGCUAUUGCAAAUUAUGGAACAAAUAAUAUUGGUUUAUUUCUUGCUACUAAUAAUGGUACUUUUGAAGAACAGAUAACUAUUUCAACUGGUUAUGAUUCACAUCCAUCCUCAAUAGCUGUUGGUAAUUUCAAUAAUGAUGCAUUUGUUGAUAUCGCUGUUGCCAAUCAUGGAACAAAUACGAUAGGUAUAUUUUUAGGCGAUGAUAAUGGAACUUUUGCAAAUCAACUGGAGUAUUCUAUAAAUUCUGGUUCACCAUACUCCAUUGGUGUUGGUGAUUUCAAUCAAGAUUAUCAUUUAGACAUAUUCAUUAUUACUAUUGGUGCUAAUAAUACAGGUUUACUUCUUGGACAUGGUGACGGUCGUUUUUCGGAUGCAAGAAUGAAUUCAACUGGAUCUACUUCAUCGAUCUCAUUUGCUAUAUGUGAUUUCAACAAAGACAAACGAUUGGAUGUUAUCGUUGUUAAUAAUGAAACUGACAACAUAGAUAUUCUCAAGGGUUACUUCGAAGGUUUUUCAUUACCCAAAUAUUAUUCAACUGGAUAUUUGCCAUUUCAUAUAGCUCUUGGUGAUUUUAAUAAUGAUAGUAAACUAGAUUUAGUUACUGCGAACUAUUAUAAUAAUUCGAUAAGUGUCCUUCUUGGAAAUGGUGAUGGUUCGUUCGCAGGACAAAUCACAUAUUCAACUGGUACCUCUCCAUAUUUUGUAGCCGUCAGCGAUUUCAAUAAUGAUAGUUAUUUGGAUAUAGCUGUUGCUAAUUAUAAUGACAGCAAUGUGAGUAUUCUUCUGGGACAUGGUAAUAGUUAUUUUGAAGAUCAGAUAACAUAUGCAACUUGCACUUUUCCACGAUCUCUGGCUGUUGGUGAUUUUAAUGAUGAUGGUCAGCUAGAUAUAGUUGUUACCAGUUAUAAUAGCAACAAUGUGAGUGUUCUUUUGGGUUAUGGCAAUGGUUCGUUUGGAAAUCAAAUAACAUAUGCAACUGACACUUAUUCACAGUCUGUAGUUGUUGGUGAUUUUAACAAUGAUAAUCAAUUAGAUCUAGUCGUUGCUAAUUAUAAUAGUAGUAGUGUGAGUGUUCUUCUGGGGUAUCGUAAUGGUUCCUUUGCAAAUCAAAUGAAAUAUUCGGCUGGUACGUAUCCACAAUCUCUGGCUGUUGGUGAUUUCAAUAAUGAUGGUCAAUUGGAUCUAGUUGUUGCUAACUACGGUAGCAAUAAUAUAGGUAUUAUUCUUGGAUAUGGUAAUGGCAGCUUUACAACGCAAAUCACAUAUGGAACACCUAAUCAUCCAUAUUAUGUAGCUGUUGGCGAUGUCAAUAAUGAUACUUAUCUGGAUGUUGUUUUUGUUCUUUAUGGUGUUACUAACGUAUAUGUUUUAUUUGGGUAUGGAAAUGGUUCUUUUGGAAACCAGAUGUCAUAUUACGCUAGUGCCAUUGGAUACUGCGUAGCGAUCGGUGACUUUACCAACAAUAACCGACUGGAUAUCGUUGUACCAAGGAACGAUGAUAAGUAUGUUUAUAUAUUACUACAGUAUAAUCGUGGAGCUCUUGUACAUGAAAUCAGUUAUGCAUCAGGUGGUGGUUCUGACUUGAAAUCUAUUGUUGUUAGUGAUGUGAACAAUGAUACUCGACUAGAUAUUAUUGUUAGUAAUUCGGGCACUAAUAAUGUUGGUAUUGUUUUUGGAAAUGGUAAUGGUACUUUCAAAAGUCAAGUGUUCAUUAAGAUGCCCUCAAAUUCUCAACCAUCAGUAAUUACCAUGAGUGAUUUCAACGGUGACAAUCAAUUAGAUAUUGCUGUGGCUACCUCUAGUACAAAGCAAGUUCAAAUGUUACUUGGAAAUGGACAAGGAUCAUUCAUAAGUCAAGUAACAUAUCAACUUCCUUUGGCAUAUCCUCCACUAGCUAUCUCGCCUGGAGGUGGUAUUCUUCCGGCAGGAAUUAUGAUUGGAUGUGCUCUUCUUAUCCGUCGUAAUCUCGCUCGCAAACGACAAAGACGUCAGCAACAAGUCACUACUGUGGCUUCUAGAGAACAUGGACACCAGAAGCGUUCACUUGAUCAUCAAGUUCUCAACUUAUUACUCAUACAGAGCGCUUGUUAUAUUGUUCUAACAACACCACAAGUGGUUAAUUUACUUUACAGUACAGUGUCAAGCACUAUACCCAACAGAACGGCUGAUACUUUGGCCAUCAAUGGACUUCUUGCUUUUGCGGCUGAAUUGAUGCUAUACAUAUUUCCUGUUGCAUCCUUCUAUUUAUAUACACUGACUGCACGUACUUUUCGAGGAGAACUCAUCAAAAUUUUCCGUUCAUUACUAAUUCCCGGCAUGAGGUGUGGGGCUAUUCAAAUUGCACCAGUGGAUAAUGAUAGCCUUGCAACGCAUCCUCGUCGAAAGACGCAGGUAUCAAACGAAUAA